AUGCCCGAAACAGGUCUCCGAAGAAAACGGACGGCAGAAGAUGAAGACGACGAAGGACACGAGAGCCUCUUCAAAAGGAGAAGCCGUUUUAACGACACGGCCCACUUCAAGUGGCUCUGGUCACCGCCGUGCCAGCCGCCCUCCUCUCCCUCGUCAUCAUCAACAUCAUCAUCGGUUCUGUGGUCUCAACCCGUUCCGGACGGCAUGUUCCUCACGCGCCACGACGUGCCGCGCUCCUUCUCCGUGCCCCCGGAGCCCUUUCAGGUCAGGCGACCCCGUCGCCGGGGCGCCAUCUCGGUGACAUCCUCCGCCGCGCCGAGUGAGAUGGACCGGCACAUGGCGCAGCAGCUCCAGCAGCAGGUCGCCAUCAUCCGCCUCAAGGUGGCAGCCGAGCUUCAUACCGCCUCGGAUCAGGGCUGCUGCCAAGAAGAAGACAACGGCAAUGUCGAAAGCAGCGACGCAGAGAUUGAUCGGAUACGUCGCGAGCUCGAGGCCGUCCAGAUCGACUCCGCCCUGCCGUCUAUCUUGGGCAUCUCGACCGAAUUCGAGCAGAAACUCCGCCUUGGCUCGUCCAGUCGCUCGCCUGACACAUCUAGACAUCCAGACACCGGUUCGCCCGCCGUCUCGGGUUCGAUCUCGACGUCCUGCUCCGUGGGCCCUUGUCUCUGGGAAUCGGGCAAAGCGAGGAUCGCCCGAGACGCGAACCAGAACAUCUCUGCUCCCUCGCGUCAUGACGGACACGCUCUUCGGCAGCAUCAUGUAGGCAGCGGCAGCGGCAGCAACGGUGGUUUGUGGAGGCGGCCUCGAACCUAA